AUGAAGAUUACACAACUGUUAUAUAUCUCGAGUGUUGUUAUCGCAUCGAUCGAUGCUGUGGAAUAUCUAAUUCGCUUCGAGACGAAGAAGGCCAAGUGCCUAAAUCCACCAAGAACGGCCAGGAAAGUGGAGUCGGUCAUAAGGGAAUGCCAGGAUGAGGUCCGCAACAAGUUGGUUAAUGAGGCCUAUGAAAUCCUCAAAGAGCAGGUGUCGCACAAUCAACCGCCCAUUGAUCCCAACGAUGACUCCAUCGACUUCAUUUGGCCAUCUGAAGGCUCUUCCCUAGAUCAUCCGCCCAACAUCAGCAACUACGAAUACAUAGUUUACGAUGAACCCGAACCACAUCGCCAUGUGGCCAGACUCAUGAGGAAUAUCCGUCGCCUGGAUGUGACCAGUUCGGGUAUAUAUCACCCUACUUUGGUGCCUCUAGAGGACAAGAGAAUUGCUGGGUGCCUGUUACAUUGCGUUUAUGCCAAGAAUAAUGCUAUCGAUCAGAAGGGCUGGCCCACAUUGGACGGACUGGUCCACUUUUACUCCGAGGGAGUUCACGAACAUGGAUUCUUCAUGGCCACUUUGCGGGCCGUGAACCUCUGCCUCCGGACAAUGACCGUCCGGUACGGAGUCAACCGCAAGGAGCUGCCCAAGAAAGGUGAAAGCUGCGAUCUGGCUUUUGAUGUCUUCGACUGCAUAUCCGACCAAAUCACCGGCUACUGUCUGGAUCAAUACAGCAGAUAUUAAUUAGUUACUCUGUCUAGUGUGCGUUGCUAUUAAAUGUUUAGUGCAGGUUGAAUUCCAGUUUGUUUGUCUCUUGCGGCGACUUUGGCUAUGAAAAGAUCCCUGUGGGCUGUUUUAUAAAUUGGUGGAAGUUACUAAAAGUAAUGUGUGAGUUGGUAUAAAGGGGUAUACAGUCAGACAGACUGUGCAUUGACUUUAGCAACU